AGAUACGAUGACGUCGGCAGGGACGUCCUCGGGGUUUGGAGCCAAUGAGGUGCCAGUGGUCAUCGCCCCAAGCAACGUCAGGGUCAUCCAGCACGGACACCCUGUGGUUACUGGAGGCUUUGGACAGCCUGUAGGGAUGGGGAACUUGCAGAGUGUCCAGGUUAUUGAUCCAAACAUCAGGGUCAUCCAACCUGGACAUCUCCAAGUUUCCGAAGGCCUUGGACAGCCUUUGGGAAUGGGAAAUUUAAAGACUUCAGGGGACCAGUCAUCUCCGGGCCCCAACCCUGGGCUCCACAACAGCGGGUACCAAUUCCGGGGCGCUAACCCAGGGUUCUCCACCUUUCCUUCUUUUGACAUACGGGAAUUCGUGAACCAGGAGGUCAGGACUUUGGGAGCCAUCCAGAUCAUGAUUGGCCUAAUACAGGUUGGCUUUGGGUCUACUGAAGCAUGCUUUGUUAACCCUAAUUCACUUGCGUUUUGGGGAGGAUACCCAUACUGGGGUGGACUAUCGUUCAUCAUUUCGGGAUCCCUCUCUGUGUCUGCGGCAAAGAGCCCGAACCCUUGCAGGGUGAACGGCAGCGUUGGAAUGAAUAUCACCAGUGCCGUCUUCUCUUUGGCGGGCAUGGUUCUUCAUCUGACUGAUUUGAUUCUCAUCUCCAGCAAGAUCCCUCCUGUCCAGUGCCAUAAUGAAAUCCAAUGCUACUUAUACAUCCAAAAGUAUUACCCCAAAAUAAAUCACAAAGUUGAGGAUCUACCCCGGCUGAGCUGGUUCUCGGUGGGUGAGUCAAAAACGUACCUAGGUCCAGUCGGGGCGGACGUGUCGGCCGGUGGUUGGGGGACGACGAUCUUCCCGUAA